CCACCACCAUCACCACUACCAUCACCACUACCACCACCACCACCAUCAUCAUCACCACUACUACCAUCACCGCUACCACCACCAUCAUCACCGCUACCAUCACCACCGCUACCACCACCAUCACCACUACCACCACCAUCACCACUACCAUCAUCACCAUCACCACUACCACCACCAUCACCACUACCAACACCAUCACCACCAUCAGUCAUCAUCACCUUGACCAUAUUAUCUAUAUCAUUCACAGGUUGUACAGUCAGCCAAUUCCCACAAAAUGUGACUGAAGCACGGACGACUUUCCUUAUUAACCUUGCUGGAGCACACUGCUUACGAGAAGAAUUUGAUAAAGCGAAAAAAUGCCUUUAUCAGGUGCGUUUUAAAGAGCACAUACUUUUGUAUACCUUGUUACCAAUUUUUCAUUUGAGUUAUUGUCUGCACCAUUAACGCAAGAUUCUAAUGUUUUCCUUAUCCUGUUGUUUCCUAUGUUGAAUAAUUUACUUUAGGCUACAUCAUUGGUACAGUUAAAAGAUCUCCCAGAUCAAGCAGUUAUUCUCGCUAUAUACAUUGAACUUCAAAUUGGUAUGUUUGCAUAUAUGUCAGCGCUUUACUGCAUAGACAAAAAUAAUUAAGCCAACUAACCAGGCUAGUCUCUUUAAAGGAUUAGUGUCAGGGUCAUGCAUUGUGGGCUUUUGUUAUUAUUUACAUUUUACUCAAAUACAACAAAUAGCGAUAAAAAUACCUUGUUUGGUACAUUUCUGAUAAAAAUAACACAAAAAGAGCAAGGAUUAUAAAAGGAUUAUAUGGCUUUUUGCCAUAAUUUUUGAUACAUCAUAAAGUUUUACCGACACCUGAACUGAUCUCAAACCUAGGGACCUUUUUUUCUCAGUAAUAUUUUUCAAAAAUUUAAUUUUUCCUGAGAAUACGUCCAAAAUUAUAAUACAUUUUGUUCGUGGAAACACCAUGUAAAUGUAUUACUGCAAAUUUAUUUACGUGAUGUUUCCACAAACAAAAAGUAUUAUAUGUUUUAUCGCCAUGCAAUCCAACAAAGAAUUUACUUCCAAAAUUGUUCCUGAUGAUCGAAAACCUUUUCAAAACAAUGAUUUUCGACUCAUAAAACAUGUCAUGAAAAGUUGGUUUGGAGUAGUCGAGGCAUCUUAUGCAUUUUUAGAAAAUUUUCUGCGGUCCCCUUUUGUCCCUUUGAUUUCGGAGUCAUGUUUCAAAAGUUUACAUUGGUCAUUUGGAUGACCAAAAACCUUUUCUUUUCAACUCAUAGUAACUUUGGCUUCGGAAUCAUAUUUCAGAAAAUUAAAUUUUUCGCUAAUUUUUUUACUUUUAUUGUUUCAGGUAACCCAAGAGGAGCAUUGCAAAUCAUCAAGCGCCACCAACUUUUACCUCCUGGGAAAGUGAACGAUAAACAGCGAAAGUUAAGAAAAUCGUUUAUAUGAAUAAAACAUUUCCCUAUACAAGUCAUAGAAUACCAUUGCAACGUUAAUUUGAAAAGAAUUUUUCAAUAUUCUUUUUGGCCGGAGUAUUUAAAAAAGUGGCUGUUGAUAGAGGUCCACACAACAACGAACUAAACGAUAAAAUUUUCGUUUCACGAUAUUAAACUAUAGACCAUUUCUCAAUUAGAUUUCACAUUGACCACAGAUACUGUCAGAGUGAGACACUAACGUUUUUGAGUACUGAUAAGCACUGAGUCUCAACCUGGUGUUACUCUAUAUUGAGCGUAAUUCGGAAAUGGUCUAUUAGUUUUUUUGCUCUUAAUUCAGGUCUCCACUGUACACUGCCUAAUAAAAACUUAUUUCUAUACUUUGUUUGGUGUAACUAUGUUAAUACAAUAUGUAUAUACUAGAUUAUAUUAAAUAUAUGAAGCAAAGGCUUGAGUCCUGAC